AUGAACAUGAUAAGAUGAAUAAAGGUCAAGAAACAAUGACAGAAGAGAAGGAAGAAGAAGAGAAUAAAUCAAAUAAUUGUAAGAUAGAUAAAGAUGUAAGAAUGAGAGAAGAAGAGGAGGAGGAGGAGUGGGAAGAUAUGGAAGAGUGGAUAGCAAUAAUGGAGGAAAAUAAUUGGAGAGAACAGGAAGAAGACAGAAAUGAAGUAAAUAAGGAGGAAAUAGAGACUGAAAACAAGGAAGAGGAAGAAAGCAAAGGCAGAAAUAAGAAACAGAAGAAAAAGGAGGAAGAAAAGAAGAGAUAUAAGAAUGAGGAAAAUAAGGAAGCAGGGAAAGACAAGAAAAAGGAAAAAAGAAACAAGGAAGAGGAGGAGAGAGAGGACUGUGCAAGCAAGAAAGAAGAGGAGAAACAAAAACAAUACAUGAAGAACAAAUACAAGGAGGAAGAAACAGACAAACAAAGUGAUGAGGACAUGAAAAAGAUGGAGAAGAAAAGCAGACACAAAGAAAACAAGAAAGAACAAGAGAAAAACAAAAACAAGCAUAAGAAAGAAGAAAUAUCAGUCAAACAAAAACAAGAGAACACAGAUGAGAUAGAGAAUCACCAAAACAACAAAGAAAACUGCAAAAAACAAGAGAAACACAAAGAAAACAAUGACAAGAACAGUCACAAAGAAAAGAAGGAAAAGCAACACAAAAACCAUGACAAAAACAAGAAACAACGAGAAAUACCAGUUGAAUUCAGCCAAGAAAUAGAAAAUGAACAAAAUAACAAAGAAAACAGCAAAAAACAAGAAAGACACAAUGAAAACAAAGGAAAACAACACAAAAACAAUGACAAAAAAGAAAUACCAAUUAAACUAAGCCAAGAGAUAAAAAAUGACCAAAACAACAAAGCAGACAGCAAAAAACAAGCCAGACUAGGGAGAAACAACGACGGCAACACCAGACGCAAAGAAAAUAAGGAAAAACAACACAAAAACAAUGACAAAAACAAGAAACAACAUGAAAUACCAGUGGAACUAAACCAAGAGGACCUGGAAAUGAUACCCCUGCAAAAAUGUAAGAAGGAGAAAGAGGAGGAGAAGGAGAGAACACAGGGCCUGGUGAACUGUGUAAGGGGCACCAUCACCAUCACAAGGGCCUGGGAUGUGUGUGUGGAUGGUGAGGCAACACAACACUUAGCCAAGGAAUAUGAAAUGGGAUCCUACAAACCCAAAAAGGUGAACUUCUGCCUGAGCAAUAUGGAGUACAGAGACCUCAAGUGGAAGUUGGAUGACGGAUAUGUACACUUCCUACGUCUUGGCUUGUGGAUACAGUACUUCAGGGAGGAGCUGGCUGUGAGGGACCAGGCCGGGAGGCUUGUGUAUUCCCUGCCGGACUUCAUCGCUCUCAAGGAAGUGUUUGUUGAUCUGUUCCUCACUCCCUACUGCAGAAGUUCUCAUCUCUGGAGGGUGAAGGCUGUGUCGUUUGAGGAUGGGCGUGUGUACCUUCAGAGCAGCAGGACCAUUGCACGCAGCCCAGAGAAGCUCAGUCCCAAGGCAGCCUUCACCGCACACCUCAUGGGGCUGCACACGCCAGGACACGACACCAGCGGGAAGAAGAGAGUGGUUCCCUUCCCCGGGCAGCACUGGCAGGUGUACUGGGGGGAGGUGGAGGGCCUGGGGCUGCUGUACUCCUCCCUAGUUGACCUGACAGAUCACAGUGCCCGGGUGACACGCAGGGCCAUGGCACGGCACCCCCAGCUGGCCGGUGUGCUGAGGGAAGUGGUGUCCGAGAGGCACUUCAUGUACAGGACGCACCUCUACCAGGCGCCGCAGGACACCCAGGCCUGGAGGGAUGCCAUGUGGUUCACAUUCCUGGAGUGGUGGGCAGACUACCAGUUUGGGAGGCUGCCAACCAUCAUAGGUGGGGAGAUGACGGGCCAGCAGGUGACGGCCAUCAGGCUCUUCUGCGCUCAGACUCUGCCUCAGCUGGCCCAGGCGUGCCGGCUGUGGGACACUGGCCUGGGGGAGCAGUACCUCUCGUCCCUGCUGCGUUUCAUCAAGUACUGGUGCAACAAGAGGCCUCGAGAGACACUGUCCUUUGAGCUGCAGGAGAAUGGGGACGUGCUGUGCUGCAAGAGGAGGUUCAAGAUAGCCAGCCAGCACUUCUUGGUCAACAGCAUCUUGCCUGAUGAGUUUGUGCGAGAUGUUUACCCUGCACCGCCACCACAACCCAAACCAAGCUGGCCAGGGAAGCGAGGCAGGAAGAGCAAGCCGCGCGUCACCCCACAGCCAACACGCCCCAGACGCGUCACCUGCCACUGGAAGCUGCCCAGGUAUUGCGACGUGGAGACCGAACCACCAACAUCACCACCAAGGUAUGUUUUCCGGCCUGAGAUGAAAGACCCACAGAACCCACACAAUGUUAAGCAAUCAGACACCUGUGGAUUCUUUACUGACGCUGGCUGGGGUCUUGGGGAACGGGGCAAGACUCAGAGGCCAGCCAGACACACCAGGUUUAAAGACAAGGAGCCAAACAAAGAAUCAGACACCUUUGGGCUAUUUACUGAUGCUGGCUGGGGUCUUGGGGAACAGAGGGAGACUCACAGAACAGCCAGACACACCAGGUCAUCACGUGGGGCAAGGCAUUGUUCUCAGGCCAGGCAACAUUCUCAGCAUUCCCAGUCCAGACACUCCCUUCAGAACUGUGACCCCAGAAGACUAACGGAAGGACUGACGAGGGCACAGGUCAGCAGGGAGGUGGACAAGCGUGCACGUGAGUGGUACAAGUCAACGGUGCCCUCCCUGUCCCUCCCGAAGUCAUUCAUUGCAGAGAACAGGGACGAGGGAAGGCAGCGUCUCUCCGAUAGCGAGAGUGAGGACACCAUCACCAGCAGGAGGAAUGAGAUGCUGUUUGCACCUCUUCCAGUGCAGGAACUGAAAGCUGCUGCAGUACUAGAGCAGCAAAACUCAGCAGGAGAGGAUGCAGAGAGCCAAGAGACAGAAAAUGGAAAAACAGCCAAGCAAGGAGAGAGAACUGGUCAGGGAGAACAACAGAACAAAUUAUUACUUUUUUAA